UGACAACAGACACGUACUAACACAAACAGGAACAGUUUUCAUCUCAAGUAAUUACAGAGAUCUCUGUAGGACUUUAAUACAUUUCUCCUUUUCUGAGCUGAUGAAGAAAAUGUUUUGCUUCUUUGUUUUUUGCUGCUUUUGGCAUCUUGUUGUGUUUGGUGUUGAAGAUGAAGUGAAGUCAGUGACGGAGGGAGAAUCAGUCACUCUACAGACUCAUGUUACUGAACUACAGACACGUGAUCUGAUAACAUGGACAUUUGGAUAUCCAGAGACUAAAAUAGCUGAGAUCAAUAGAGAGGACGCUAUCUUCUCCACAUAUGAUGAUGUUCUUGAUGGGAGAUUCAGAGACAGACUGGAGCUGGACAAUCAGACUGGAUCUCUGACCAUCACAGACACCAGAACCACAGACUCUGGACUUUAUACAGUAAACAUCAAAGACACAAAAUCAACAACCACAUACAGAUUCAAUCUUACUGUCUAUGCUCGUCUUCCUGUUCCUGUCAUCAGCAGAAACUCUUCACAAUGUUCUUCAUCAUCUUCAUCUUCAUCACAGCAGAAUUGUUCAUUGUUGUGUUCAGUGGUGAAUGUGGGUCAUGUGACUCUCUCCUGGUACAAAGGAAACAGUUUAUUGUCCAGCAUCAGUGUGUCUGAUCUCAGCAUCAGUCUCUCUCUACCUCUGGAGGUGGAAUAUCAGGAGAAAAACAGCUACAGCUGUGUGAUCAACAAUCCCAUCACAAACCAGACCACACAUCUGGACAUCAGCAAACUCUGUCAUCUCUCUAAAAAGAUCAGUGUUGUUAGUUUCAGUAGUUAUUUUCAAACUGGCUACAUUUUUUUUUCUUUUUUUUUUUUCUGA